GCCACGGCUGACAUCACGGGGUUACGCCUGUGCUAGGAGCCCCGGCAUGGAGGCUUGCGAGCGGCUGCAGCGGAUCCGGAGCCACGUGCGGCUCGUGCCGGACUUCCCCAGCCCCGGCGUGCUGUUCCGCGAUAUCAGCCCCUUGCUAAAGGAUCCUGACGCCUUCAAGGCAGCCAUCGAGCUCCUGGAGACCCAUUUGAGGGCCACCUACCCGCGCAUAGACUACGUUGCAGGUCUGGACGCCCGCGGCUUCCUCUUUGGGCCUCCUCUGGCGCAGAGACUGGGCAUCGGCUUUGUGCCAAUACGCAAAAAGGGGAAGCUGCCCGGCCCCACGGAGUCGGUGUCCUACGCCCUCGAGUACGGCCAGGCUGAACUAGAAAUCCAGAGCGAUGCCGUGGAGCCGGGAAAGAAAGUGGUCCUCGUGGAUGACCUGCUUGCCACUGGCGGUACCAUGCACGCGGCCUGCGAGCUGAUGAAGCGGCUGAAGGCCGAAGUGCUCGAGUGCCUGGUGGUCAUCGAGCUGCUGUCUCUGAAAGGGGCCGAGAAGCUGCAGCCUUUCCGUUGCCACUCCCUGCUGCAGUACGACUAGCGCUCGGAGCAGACCGCCCCGGCUGCCUGGCUGGGGCCAGGUCUCGCUCCCACCGCUUGCAUGAAGGUUGUUCGAAACUCCUAAUAAAACAAACCUAGCUGUCAGCUGGGGGGUACAUAACCUGA